AUGGAACAUUUUAUGGAAGAUGCCCUGCAACAGGCACGCAUUGCGAACGACCUCAAAGAGGUUCCCGUAGGCUGUGUGUUCGUACACAGUACCCUCGAUGAGGGUGCGGGCAACAAAAAGGACGAAAUAAUUGCGCGCGGAUGUAACUUGGUGAACGAAACGAAAAACGCAACACGACACGUAGAAUUCAUCUGUAUCGAUCAGGCGCUUGAUUAUGCACGCCGGAAACGUAUUACACCACCGGAAGCCAUUUUUAGUAGCGUGACCGUAGUUGUAACGGUUGAACCGUGCAUCAUGUGUGCGGCCGCGCUGAUCGAACUGGGCGUAAAAGAAAUCAUCUAUGGCUGUCGAAACGAUCGGUUCGGCGGCUGUACCGUGCUCGAUGUGGCACAUCUGCUUAGAUCCACCAUCCCCAUUCGUGGCGGGGUGCGUGGUGUGGAAGCGAUGGAGCUGCUGAAGGAAUUUUACAAAGGAGAAAACCCAUCCGCACCGGUGCCAAAGCCAAGGGCUAAAAAACUGUGACACUGAACACAUGAAAUGAAAUGAAUCAAAUGCGGUAUGUUAUUUGUUUUACAAUUAUAUAUCAUUUUUAUUACUUAAGCAGAAUUUUAAUAAAGGAUUUCUUUCUGGAGAAUAUUCGUAAGCGUAAAUGAAUGGGGCACGGCUUUAAAAUAA